AUGUCUCCUGCGCUUCUCACAGCUGUGGACUCCACCUCACAUGUCCACUUGAUCAUCGGCUCAAAUCCCCUGGCUGGCGCAAGGUGUACGCGCUCGCUCGAGGUCGGCGCGAUCCCCAAGCUCAUUGCAUCCGAGCACGCUACUGUGCAUUAUGGUGUAACGAAGCGGGUAGAUGAAGGCGACGUCGAAUGGAUCAAGCGCGACUUUCGCGAUGAGGACUUGACUAGCCUAGGGAGGGACGAGACGGACCGUGUCGUGGACGCAGUCUUUGUAACUCUUGGGUCGAAGAACCCACUCAGCACACACAUCUCGACCCUCUGCCGCCGCCUCCGUAUCCCCAUAAACGUCGCCGACGCCCCUAAUCUCUGUACCUUCACCCUUCUCUCCACGCACACAGACGGCGCUCUCCAAAUUGGCGUCACAACCUCCGGCAAGGGCUGCAAGCUCGCUGCCCGCAUUCGCCGCGAGGUCGUCUCCGCCCUCCCUUCACACAUCGGCCAGGCCGUGGAGCGCCUCGGCACCAUGCGUCGCAGAAUAUGGGAGGAAGACCAUGCUGCAGAGCUCGCCAUGGACCACGAAGCCGAUGAAGAAGACUCGGGGCAGACGGCUACUUUCAAUCAAUUAGUGACGCCUGAAGAUGCUGAGGCUGCGAAGAUGAGAAGGAUAAGAUGGCUCGCGCAGAUUUGUGAGUACUGGCCGCUGCGCCGUCUCGCUGCAAUCACAGACGCAGACGUCGACUCUGUGUUGCGUAGCUACACGUCUAGCGACUCCUCUGGUCUCAAGCCUGCCACUCUCGACACGCGCACUCAAGGCGGUCGCAUCGCGCUCGCGGGCUCUGGACCCGGUAACCCAGAUCUCCUCACAACCGCAACACAUAAAGCAAUCCUCUCCGCCGAUCUUGUCCUCGCUGACAAACUUGUUCCAUCGCCCGUACUUGACCUUGUCCCGCGUCGGGCCACAGUCUACAUCGCGCGUAAAUUCCCCGGCAACGCCGACGCUGCCCAAGAUGAGCUUCUACGGAUGGGUCUUGAGGGCCUUCGUGCCGGCAAGCGGGUUGUGAGACUAAAACAAGGGGACCCCUAUAUUUACGGUCGAGGGGCGGAGGAAUUCGAUUUUUUCAGAGAGCAUGGAUUCACGCCAACUGUGCUGCCGGGCAUCACGAGCGCAUUGAGUGCACCUUUGUUUGCUGGGAUACCGUGUACGCAUCGAGGCGUGGCGGAUCAGGUGCUUAUCUGUACGGGAACCGGGAGGAAGGGCGCGAUGCUGGAGAGCCCCGAAUAUGUGGAAUCGAGGACUGUGGUGUUCUUGAUGGCGCUACAUCGUUUGAGUGCUCUGGUGGAGAGUCUCAUUGGUGAGGGCAAAAGCUGGCCCAGCACAACACCAUGUGCGGUGUUGGAACGGGCAAGUUGCCCAGAUCAAAGGGUUGUGAGGACGACGUUGCAAUACGUGUGUGCAGCGGUCGAGGAGGAAGGGAGUAGGCCGCCCGGGUUGCUGUUGGUAGGCAAGGCUUGUGAGGUCUUGCAUAAGCCAGGCCAGAGAUGGGUUGUCGAGGAUGGGUUUAAUGGGCUGGAUGGGUUGGACGUUCAGGGAGAUUUGUCGCUGUUGAUAGAGGCACAGAGAGCCGCGUGA